CCGGACUAGACCGCUUCGAUUCUGCAGAAAACCAAGAGCAAUCGAAACCGGCCUCCAGUUCACUAGCAAGGGAAAAAUCAAGCCAGUUGAUUAAAAGGGUAGUCUUUGGCCUAGGCAUUGGGGUUUGUGCUGGAGGCGUGGUAUUGGCUGGAGGUUGGGUUUUCACGCUGGCCCUUUCAGCUGCUGUGCUUGUGGGUGCUAGAGAGUACUUUGAAUUGGUUAGGAGUCAUGACAUUGCUGCUGGAAAUGCCUCACUGCCUCUAAAUGUUUCACGGCUUGUCCCUUUGAUCUGUGCCGUUAUGCCUGCAUUUACACUAUUCUUGGGGCAAAUUGAUGUUUCAUUGACUUGUGCAGCCUUUGUUGUUGCCAUAUCAUUGCUUCUACAAAGGCAAAUUCCCCGUUUUCCUCAGCUUGCUAGUGCUAUGUUUGGGCUGCUCUAUUGUGGCUAUCUUCCUUGUUUCUGGGUUAAGUUGAGAUGCAGUUUAGCAGUGCCAGCCCUACAUACAAAAAUAGCAGAAUCCUGGCCAGCCUUAUUGGGAGGGCAGACUCAGUGGACAGUGGGUCUUGUUGCUUCCUUGAUUUCUUUUAGUAGUAUCAUUGCAGCGGAUACAUUUGCCUUUUUUGGCGGGAAGGUUUUUGGUAGGACUCCGCUUACAAUUGUUAGCCCAAAGAAGACUUGGGAAGGGGCUCUAGCAGGUCUUGCUGGUUCCAUAACCACUACUGCACUAUUGUCAAAGUUACUAUGCUGGCCCACAUCUAUGCUGAGUGCAUUGGCUUUUGGGAUUGUAAACUUUUUUGGAUCAGUUUUUGGUGACCUUACGGAGUCGAUGAUCAAACGUGAUGCCGGUGUGAAAGACUCGGGAUCCCUCAUCCCUGGACAUGGUGGAAUACUGGACAGAGUAGACAGCUAUAUAUUCACAGGCGGCCUAGCUUAUUCUUUCAUUCAAAUAUGUUUGCCACUCUAUGGUGUUUAGUUAAUGAGAUGAUAAUUUAUUCUUUCAUUCAGAAGGACAUAUGCUCGACCUUGCAAGUAAAAUGUACUUGUUUCAAUCUAAUAUACAAAAAAGGGCUGAAAGCAAAAGUGCGGUUCUAUACAAUAUACAUCUAAAAGCAACCCAGCAGAGGAAGACUGGACAACUCUCUGAAAGAAGCUUUAGCAAGUUUUUUGGCUUUCACGUGAUUUUGUCUCUUCAUGAAGAAUAGUACCGCAUAUGUGUGAUAUAUAGAGGGUAAGAUUGUAGUAAGAAUGGUGUGCCGUGAGAGAAUUAAGAAUGAGAUUCAACCUAAAAAUUACAUGAUAUCAGAGGCUAAAAUUAAAUACUAUCCCCCGUUCCGUUUGAAUCGUAACAUGUUGAAUUUUACACUAUUCACAUGCUUUACUUUGACUACAUUUUAC